GAUUCCAUGUGGGUGGUUAGAUUAUAUAUGCUUCAUUGUAUUGCAUUUUCAUCCCAUGUGCUUUGCACGUGUUCAGUUGCUUUCUUUUGGCCAAUAACUCAGCAUCCCACCAUCACAAAAGAAGUUGCCAAGAAUACUCUUUCUUCAUUUUCAUCCACAACUUUAUGUUAUCAUUCAAUUCUUUUCCCUACUUGAUACGGCUCUAAAGAAAAAAACGAAUAGCAAAAUCACCCAUUGGCCUUUUUGUUGGCUUAUAUAUAUACACACACACUCUCCUUAUUGGAACUUGUAAAAUGACCAUUAUCUCCUAGAAAGUUGAACUUUUUUCAUAGCUACUACCUUUAAAUACCUUAGUACUUCACAUACUCUAACCCCCAAGAAGAACGUUUUAAAGAUUUUCUUAUUUAGGAAAACAACCAUGAAGAGCUUAUCUUAUUAUGGAAAGAAGCUACAACAUCUUUGUAGUGCUUUAUGUUCAAACCUGGUAUGCUAUGUUAGAGCAACAUGCUUCCUCAUUUCUUGCUUCUAUAAAUUCACUAUCCUUAGAGUGCACAAAUUCUUUGUACAACUCUUUUACUUUAUCUUCAUUUCACUUUUUGGCUUUUGGAUUCUCAGUAUCUUGAAGCCAAAGAGUACUAAUGGAGAUCUUAACCCUACAAAUUUAGACUUGUAUUUCACUUCUGUUUCCGCUGUAACUGUCUCAAGUAUGUCCACUGUUGAAAUGGAAGUCUUUUCCAAUUCACAACUUAUUCUUAUAACAUUUUUAAUGCUCAUAGGUGGUGAGGUCUUUACUUCUAUGGUUGGACUUCAUUUAAUUAGACCUAAAUUCAAACCAUGGCGAAAAGAUAGCAAAAUUGAGUCUGUACUUAGUAGUGCUGCCUCUUCACCAAGAAACUCAAAUUUCAGUGAUGAUAUUGAGUUGGACAUUGUAGUACUACCUGAUUCCCCAAAACCAGACUUGGAAAAAAAUGAAAUUCAAGAUGAUUUACGCUCAUCAUCGGAUAUCCAAACUCUCAAAUACUCUUCCCUUAAAUUCCUAGGGGUUGUAGCUUUAGUUUAUUUUCUAGUCAUGCACAUUCUUGGCAUCUCCUCUGUUCUAGUUUACUUAGCCUGUGUUUCUAGUGCAAAAGAUGUACUUAGACAUAAAGGUCUAAAAACAUCUACUUUCGUGAUGUUCACAGUUGUUUCAACCUUUUCUAGCUGUGGAUUUAUUCCGACCAACGAAAACAUGGGUGCAUUUAAGCAAAAUUCAGGCCUACUUUUGAUUAUAAUUCCCCUGAUACUCUUUGGAAACACAUUAUAUCCAGCAUGUUUGAGAGUUUCUGUUUGGUUCUUGGGAAAAUUUUUCAAGAAAAGGGAAGCCAAUUUUUUGUUGAAACAUUCAAGAGAGAUAGGGCAUCUACACUUGUUUCCUGGUCUACAUUCAAGAUUAUUAGUGGUUACGGUGUUUGGAUUCAUAUCGUUGCAGUUGUUUUUGUUUUGCACUUAUGAAUGGAAUUCUAGUGCUAUGGAUGGGCUAAAUAGUAGUUACCAGAAAGUUGUGGGUUCAUUUUUCCAAGUUGUGAACACAAGACAUGCUGGUGAGUCUGUUGUGGAUAUAGCUGCUGUUGAUCCAGCCGUUUUGGUGGUGCUCAUGGCAAUGAUGUAUCUACCUCCAUAUACCUCAUUUUUACCAGUAAAAGGUGAUGAAGAGUCUCGAGAAGAACCUCUAGAGAAAAAGAAAGAAAGAGGAAAGGUUGCAGAAAAUAUCAUAUUUUCUCAGCUUUCUUAUGUUGUCAUAUUUAUUAUCCUUAUAUGCAUUACCGAAAGGAAACGAUUGAAGGAGGAUCCACUCAACUUCAGUGUGUUCAAUAUCGCUUUUGAAGUCAUAAGUGCAUAUGGAAAUGUUGGUUUCUCAACAGGAUAUAGUUGUGAUCGGUUGCUAAAUCCAGACCCAGCUUGCAAGAAUAAAUCAUACGGAUUUGCAGGGAGAUGGAGUGAUGAAGGUAAAAUGGUACUCAUUAUUGUCAUGAUUUUUGGAAGAUUGAAGAGGUUCAAUAUGGAAUGGGGGAAAGCUUGGAAGCUCAUGUAAAUAUUAUAGAGAAAUGGCAUCCACAACUUUUCCAAGGAGAAUUAUUUGGAAGUACCUAAAUAAUUUUGUAAUUUUGGCCCUUUGGUAGUGAAAGCAAAAUAGCAAAAAUGUAUAUAAUAUCGAGUUUUUGCUUUCGUGCAACCAUUUUAUAAUUAUCAUCUUUACGUACCUAUUUAGUUUUACUUUGUAAUUCUCCUUUUGUCAAAUAAAAUUUUGUUCACUUUGCAGAAAA